ACAAAGAUAAAUCCAUAAAACCCCCCACCCCCUGGUUGUGUAGCCCAUGAAGCGAAAACAAAGAUAAAUCCAUAAACCCCCCCACCCGCUGUUGUGUAGCCCCAUGAAGCGAAAAAAAAUAUAAAUCCAUAAAACCCCCCCUUUGUCAUUUGAGUUUAAUCAAUUUGAGUUCUAUUGUCAAAUCCUAUAAAAAAAUGGAUUGUCUGAAAAAUCAGGGCUGCAUCAUAAAAAUGGUGAUCAAUCAAUCGGUUGGCAUGGGAGGUUGUGAUUGUUAGAUCUUCCGGUAUCAAGCCUUUCCGGUUUCCGGCAUCGUAGAUAACAAAUGUUUCAUUUCUACAACUUGUAAGCUGUAACUACUGUUCUUCGAACAUUCCUCUCGUUCGGACACAUAUUGGAUCAAUCAUCAAUGUCGAAGGAUUCCUCAGCUGAUGAACCCAAUGUCUCUCGCAUGAUCUUCCGAGUUGCAAUUGUUUCAAGACUUUCUGUUCUAGUCCUAAUUGUCUUUUGGAGAUAUCUUCUGAGCCCUUACGACACCUCCGCCUCCUUAAACCCUAGUUGUCUCUUGGAUUCCACCAAUCAGUCUUCAGUUGAAUCCGUUCUAUGGCCAAGGGUUCGAGUGGCGGUUGAGGAUAGCAUUGUAUGGGACAGUGUUUACUUCGUCAGAAUCGCGCAAUGCGGAUACGAGUACGAGCAGACCUAUGCAUUUUUACCUCUUCUUCCGGUUUGCAUCAAUGUCUUAUCUCAAACUGUUUUUGCUCCUUUGGUUCCACUUAUUGGGUACAGAGCGGUUUUGGGCUUAUCAGGCUACAUACUCAAUAACGUUGCGUUUCUAUUUGCGGCACACUACUUUCAUAGGCUUUCAAUUAUAAUUUUGAAGGACACAAAGGCAGCUUUACACGCUUCCUUUUUGUUCUGCUUCAAUCCUGCUUCCAUAUUCUACUCAUCAAUAUAUUCAGAAAGUCUUUAUGCCCUAUUUUCACUCGGAGGGAUAUACCACUUAUUAUCUAGUUCAAAUAAUAUUGCCAUGCUGCUGUUUGCUCUCUCUGGUUCUGCAAGGUCAAAUGGGGUGCUUAAUGCUGGCUAUUUCUGCUUUCGGGCUAUGCAUCAGGCUUAUGAUGCUAUCUUCCAAAGAAAGAAUAUUAUUUUGGCAGUGGAGGUCCUUAUUGUUGGAGCUGUGAGAUCUCUUUGCGUUUUUGCUCCAUUUAUUGCUUUUCAAGUGUAUGGAUAUUUUAAUAUUUGUCAUGGCCAUUUGCCAGAUGAAAUGGAGCCUUGGUGCAAAAAAAGAUUGCCUCUUCUGUAUGAUUAUAUACAAAGCCAUUAUUGGGGAGUGGGUUUCUUGAGAUACUUCCAGUUGAAACAGUUGCCUAAUUUUCUUCUUGCAUCUCCAAUACUAUCUCUGGCACUUCAUUCAAUUUUACAUUACACAAAAUUACGUCCUGAUAUUGUUUUCUCAUUGGGUUUCCGAGCUCCUUAUGAGGAAAAGCAUGCCGCUGCUGUGCUCUAUUGUCUGAAGACAGGCCAAAGGCAAAAAGAGGCUCAAAUUUCCAACAAUAUAUCUUCUAAAUUCCUUCUAGAGGAUCACACAAUUAGACGGAGAAAACAGAAGAGUAAAGAAGAGACUCGUGAUUCCUUUGGUAACCUCAUUCCAUCAGGCAAUGGAGCAUAUGUUACAGUAAAGACUGGAUGCACAUCUAUCUUGGUUCUUCCUUUUAUAUUACACCUGGGAUUCAUGGCAGCAACAGCAUUUUUUGUUAUGCAUGUACAGGUUGCAACUCGUUUCCUGUCUGCAAACCCUCCUCUCUACUGGUUUGCCUCACAAUUAAUGGUUUCUCCUGGCAUUAGUAAGAGAUGGGGUUACUUGAUUUGGGCAUACUCUGCAGCUUACAUCCUACUUGGCAGUUUGCUAUUUUCAAACUUCUAUCCUUUCACAUAAGAAAUUUCAGUACUCUUUGUUAGCUACCAAUAUUCAGCUGUUGCUAUGUUCCCCAUGGGUUGGUAUUAUCAUGGAUUACAUGGGGACUGGCUCCAAGUUAUCAAUUGUUUUACUGGUAAAAUGCUUAUUGGUGUCACUUGCCUGACGAUCAAUUCAGCAUGCGCAGUAUACUUCUUACCAGGUUGUGUAACUUCUCUCGCCUCUGCCUUUGUUAUGGCUAUUUGAAAGAAUCUCAAUAUUCUUUUGAUAUGAUGAAUGGUUACAUCAUCGAAUCACAGCUUAUCAUUCAUCAUCCACUGUACAAUUGGCCAUAAAUUUCCAAAAUCCAAAUGCCACCAAAUCCAGACUUGAAAAGCAAGUUAGUUUUUGGUUCCUCUAUCAAGAUUUCUAGGUUUGCAAUUGUUGAUUCAAUGUCAAGUUUGCAUGCCUAGGCAUUAUUAAUUUGAUUUGCUGCAAUGGCAUAUAAAAUAUGAGCUUCAUUCAGUCAAUGUUUGGAUCAAAUUAUUCUGACAAUGAAGGGCAUUAUGAGAUUACAGGUCUACAUGUUCUUCCACCUUCUACUCUGCAUGAUUGAUUGGUUUAAAAUCACUCUUGCACACCAGAAGAGACUUGCACUUAGCUUCA